CUCACCCAACUGGCUCACGAGCACUUAGAAACUUCCUGCUAUGCUUUUUAUCUUUUCUUUAACCUUUCCAAACCUUCCUCUCUAUAAAAACUCUUCACAUCCUCUCUUAUUUUUUGUGUACUGCCAUUUACUCAAUUUCUGAUCAAAUGGGUCAGGUCAUUAAUCUUGCAGUUGUGCUGUCACUUUCUCUUUGUUUCUGUUUGCUUCCUGAUACAGCAUCUGCUCAACUAAAACGGAAUUACUAUGCUAAUAUUUGCCCAAAUGUAGAAAAUAUUGUUAGAGGUGCAGUAGCGAAGAAGUUCAGCCAAACUUUUGUCACAGUUCCUGCAACUAUCCGUCUCUUCUUCCAUGAUUGCGUUGUUCAGGGUUGUGAUGCUUCGGUUAUCAUUACAUCCUCCGGUGGCAACACAGCCGAAAAGGAUCACCCUGAUAACCUGUCAUUAGCAGGAGAUGGAUUUGACACUGUCAUCAAAGCCAAAGAAGCAGUUGAUGCAGUUCCAAGCUGCAGAAACAAGGUCUCUUGUGCUGACAUCUUGGCCAUGGCAACCCGAGAUGCUAUUGCUCUGGCAGGUGGACCGUCUUAUGCUGUUGAAUUGGGGAGAUUGGAUGGCUUAAGCUCCACAGCUGCUAGUGUAAAUGGAAAGCUGCCUCAACCAUUUUUCAACUUGAAUCAGCUCAAUUCUCUGUUUGCAGCACAUGGACUCAACCAAGCGGAUAUGAUUGCUCUUUCAGCGGCACACACCGUCGGAUUCUCACAUUGCAGCAAGUUUGCCAACAGAAUAAACAAUUUCAGCCGUCAAAACCCAGUGGACCCAACACUCAACCGGGCCUAUGCUUCCCAACUUCAACAAAUGUGCCCCAGGAAUGUAGACCCCAGGAUAGCAAUCAACAUGGACCCAAACACACCCACGAAAUUUGACAAUGUCUACUACCAGAACCUGCAGCAAGGCAAGGGUAUGUUCACCUCAGACCAGGUUCUAUUCACGGACCAAAGGUCUAAGCCUACUGUGAACGCCUGGGCCACCAACUCGCAGGCUUUUCAGCAAGCCUUUGUUACUGCCAUUACGAAGCUGGGCCGGGUAGGUGUCAAGACUGGGAAGAACGGGAACAUACGUAGAAAUUGCGCUGCCUUUAACUGAGGAAGUUCCUCAAAGGUUCUUGACAGAGGUUCUGGAACAUGUUUUAUUUAGUUUCUUGUGAGAUUUCUUGGUGUUGUAAUAAGUUAGAGAAGGGUGUUUUUUUUUAGUUAUUACAUGGGCAAGGGAGAUUGGAUUGGAUCAUAAAAGUCAAACAAAUAAAAGUGACAGAGGGACAGCAAAUAUCGUUUGAGCCGUUAUUUUAUGUAAAAAUGAACGUUGAGUUCUGAUGUCACUGUCAACUUUUCUUGACUCUUUAGGGGUGGAAUUCCGACCAUUUCUGCGACUGAAGCCGAGCCAGAAGAGGAAAAAGGCAAAUAAAUAGCCAACUUAUUGUAUUGUUUUAUAAGGCUGGCAGCCCCCUUUGAUCUCCAAAUGGAUCUCUUUUGAGUGGUUUGGAUCUC